AUGGUUUUGAGAAGAAGUAAAGAUGUGUUUGCAAAAUCUACACAGUGUAGACGUUUUUGCAAUAAUAGGUGCUUGAAUUAUAUACAAGGGAAUAAACAAAUAGAAUAUAAAAAUCAUCAUAGUUUUAAGAAUACAAAAAACUUAAACAUAAGAAAUAAUGGAAUAAAUAAUUUUGAAAAGGCAGCAAAACAAUAUAUUGCAACAUAUAAUAUUGGAAACCCUUUUUCAAAUAAAUUUGAACACUAUAAAAAUAAUUUUUCAUCAAAUAAUUUUAGCAAUUUCAAUGAUGAUAAUAAUAAUGGAGAAAUGAGAGAAGAAAGCCAUAAAAAACCAAAUGAACAAGAAGACAAUAUAAAUAUGAGUAAAGAUAAUAUAUGUGCAGAAAAAACAAAUGAAAAUAAUAAUAUUGAUAAUGACGACAAUCAAGGGCUGUCAAAUAGUGAUCAAAUAAAUAAUGAACUUUUUAAUGAUAAAGAUUAUUCAAAUAAUGUUAAUAAUAUAAAUAAUGAAAAUAAUAGCGAAGGUAUAAAUGACAAAGAUACAGAUUAUACUGAUAAUGCAGCAAAUACACAUUCUGAAAAUGUUAUGGAAAAUGAUGAAGAUAUACCAAAUAUUUUUGAUGUUGAUGAGAAUUUAACUGAAGAAGAGAAAAAAGAAAAACUAAAAUUAAUAAAAUUAAUUACUGAAAAAUUAGCAGGCCCCUUAAAAACAAAUAAUGAAAACAAUUUAAAAACUGAUGAAAAUUCAAAGAAUGAUGAUGACUUCAUUUUUGCUGACAAUCGACCAAUAGCAAUAGAGGUUGAUGGUCCUUCACAUUUUUAUGCCAAUAGUAAUAGAUAUACUACCUACACAAAACUUAAACAUAGAAUUCUUACCAAAUUAGGAUAUAAUGUUAUACAUAUAAGUUACUUUGACUGGAGAAAGUUGAGGAACAAAAGUGAAAGGGAAGAAUUUAUUUUAAAAAAACUAAAAGAAAAAAAUGACGAAUUUUUAGACGAAAAUGAUAGAAUAUAUUAUAACGAAAGAAUGAAGAUGAUUAAAGAGGAUUAUAUGAAGCAUAUGGAUGAUAAUAAAGAAGUGAAUAAUUAA